AUGCCAAGUUCUCGUCGAAACUCGCGGAAUCGCAAGCACCAUGCAAAGAAAACGAUGUCUGCACCAUUGAUGGAUUUCCGAACAUCCAUCUCAAGCACAUCGAGCGAGCCGAUGCCCAUUCUCGAGUCAUCACUUACCAGCUCGUACCAGAAGCAUGUACUGCGUCGUCACCACCAGCAUCGUGACUCUAGACGUCAUGCAACAUCGACAAGAGGUCCGAGUGGUCAACGUGAUUCCCCUUUCACACCUCGUCGACCGACAGGGGCCGUCCCCGAGCUCUUUGUAACUUUUCGACAUGUUUCGCUAGCUGUCGACAUCCCCGUGUCUCCUGCAGCGGCAAACGCAACAGCUCAAGCUGCUUCAGGUCAAAUGAGUCGUGAAAUUCUGGCUGCUAAGCAACUUCCAACAAUCACAAACCAUCUCCGAGGCAUCUUAGGAGCUCUCAGUGCACAAAAGACGUUUGUUCGUCGUCAGAUCUUGAAAAACGAAGGAGGUGACUUUGGAUGGCGAAGUCUCGUACAACGGCUUGUCUUGUGA